GACCAUUAGAGAAGUUGUUGAAGACACCGAGUUUCUUUUUCUCUGAAACAAAUCGCUAAGUCUAUAAUCUAAAAGAUAAGAAAUUAAGGAGAAAAUGUCAAGUCAAGACGGAGCUGCUGAAAAGUCCAUUGAAAUGUGGAAGAUCAAGAAAUUGAUCAAAUCUUUAGAAAUGGCCAGAGGUAAUGGUACUUCAAUGAUUUCAUUAGUUAUUCCACCAAAGGGUCAAAUUUCAUUAACUCAAAAGAUGUUGACUGAAGAAUAUGGUACUGCUUCCAAUAUUAAGUCUCGUGUUAAUAGAUUAUCAGUUUUAUCCGCUAUUACAUCAACUCAACAAAAAUUGAAAUUAUAUAAUCAUGUUCCAAAAAAUGGGUUAGUUGUUUAUUGUGGUGAUGUUAUAACCGAUGAAGGUAAAGAAAAGAAAUUAAAUAUUGAUUUUGAACCAUUUAGACCAAUCAAUACCUCAUUAUAUUUAUGUGAUAAUAAAUUUCAUGUUGAAGCUUUAGCUGAAUUAUUACAAGAUGAUGAUAAAUUUGGUUUUAUUGUUAUGGAUGGUAAUGGUGCAUUAUUUGGUUCAGUUUGUGGUAAUGAUAGACAAGUUUUACAUAAAUUUUCAGUUGAUUUACCUAAAAAGCAUGGUAGAGGUGGUCAAUCUGCGGUUCGUUUCUCUCGUUUAAGAGAAGAAAAAAGACAUAAUUAUGUUAGAAAAGUUGCUGAAGUUGCAGUUCAAUAUUUCAUUGAAGAUAACAAAGUUAGUGUUAAAGGUUUAAUUUUAGCUGGUUCGGCUGAUUUUAAAACUGAAUUAUCGAAAUCUGAUUUAUUCGAUGGUAGAUUACAAGCUAAAGUUAUGAAGUUAGUUGAUGUUUCUUAUGGUGGUGAAAAUGGUUUUAAUCAAGCAAUUGAAUUAUCUGCUGAAACUUUAGCUAAUGUCAAAUUUGUUCAAGAAAAGAAAUUAUUAAAUGAUUACUUUGAUGAAAUUUCUCAAGAUACUGGUAAAUUUUGUUAUGGUAUUGAAGAUACUUUAAAAGCUUUAGAUUUAGGUGCUUGUGAAAUCGUCAUCGUUUAUGAAAAUUUAAAUACUGUCCGUUACACUUUAAAAGAUUCUGAAGGUAAUGAAGUUAUUGCUCAUGCUAAUCCAGAAUUACCUGAUAAAUCUUACUUAUUAGAUAAAGCAACUGGUAUUGAAAUGGAUAUUGUUAAAGAAGAAAGUUUCUUAGAAUGGUUAGCUGAAAAUUAUAAAAGUUUCGGUGCCAAUUUAGAAUUUGUUACUGAUAGAUCUUCUGAAGGUGCCCAAUUCGUUCAAGGUUUUGGUGGUGUUGGUGCCAUGUUAAGAUAUAAAGUUAACUUUGAACAAUUAGUUGAUGAAUCUGAUGAAGAUGAAUAUUAUGAUGAUGACGAUGAUGAUUUCAUUUAAACAAUUUAAAGCAUAACCAAUUUCCCCUAGUAAUUUCUAAAACCAAAAAUAAAAGAUUCCGUUUUUCCUUUCUCUUUUCAAGAUUUAACAUGCUUGCUUGUAGUACAGUACUCCCUUUAUACACUUUUAUAUUUUAUCGCAAGGACAAGCAUGCU